AUGUUGACCUCUAUUGCUGAAAGACUGUUGGUGGCGCAUAUACUUGGUGGAGAACAUGCCGGCUCUAUCAUUUUAAUACCACGUAUUAAUGUUUCCCCAUCUGACACUGAUCUUCCAUUUCAGUUGAUAAGUCGGCAAUUUCCUAUACGCCCAGCAUUUGCUAUGAGUAUUAACAAAAGUCAAGGGCAAACUUUUAAUCGAUGUGGAGUACUUUUGCCUACCAGUGUUUUUACUCACGGCCAGCUAUAUGUAGCCAUAAGCCGCGUUGGAAAUCCUCGCGAUUUAAAGGUGUUUAUUGAUCGAACGGAAAUUAAUUCCUUACUCCAUAAUAGAGUUAACAGUAACUUGCCAGGUUACAAUAAUGGCAUAUGCCGAGUGACACGUAAUGUAGUUUAUAGGGAAGCUCUACAUUGA